CUAGAAGUCAUUCAGCAGCCGGACCUGCGAGUAAGAAGGACCAUAUAAAAGCGCAGCACAACAGGCUGAUCAUUAAUAAAUUUAAAUAAUUCUUGCUACCAAUAAAACAUACAAUUCAAAAAUGAUGAACGGACAGAUUAAUGGUUUCCACAACUCCCUUAUCGAGGAGGACACCUUUCUCUUCACUUCUGAAUCUGUGGGAGAAGGUCACCCUGAUAAAAUUUGUGAUCAGAUCAGUGAUGCUGUGUUGGAUGCCCAUCUGAAACAGGAUCCGGAUGCCAAAGUUGCCUGUGAAACUGUUGCAAAGACUGGUAUGAUACUUUUGGCUGGUGAAAUCACAUCAAGGGCAAAUGUUGAUUACCAGAAAGUGGUUCGUGAAACCAUUAAACACAUUGGUUAUGAUGAUUCUUCUAAAGGUUUUGACUACAAAACAUGCAAUGUGCUUGUUGCUCUCGAACAGCAGUCUCCAGAUAUUGCACAAGGUGUGCAUUUGGACAGAAAUGAGGAAGAUGUAGGAGCAGGAGAUCAGGGUUUGAUGUUUGGUUAUGCUACAGAUGAGACUGAAGAGUGUAUGCCCCUUACUAUAGUACUUGCUCAUAAACUAAAUGCAAAAAUGGCUGAACUACGUCGAAAUGGAGUUCUUCCCUGGUUGCGACCAGACUCUAAGACGCAGGUUACUGUGCAGUAUCGUCAAGACCGUGGUGCUGUCCUUCCUAUCCGUGUCCACACUAUUGUGAUUUCAGUGCAGCAUGAUGAAGAUGUGUGCCUGGAUGAAAUGAGAGAUGCAUUGAAAGAAAAGGUCAUCAAGGCUGUAGUUCCAUCUGUGUACUUGGAUGAGGAUACAAUUUAUCAUUUGCAGCCCAGUGGCCGUUUUGUCAUUGGUGGGCCUCAGGGAGAUGCUGGCCUUACAGGGCGUAAAAUAAUUGUAGACACCUAUGGAGGGUGGGGAGCACAUGGGGGUGGUGCUUUCUCUGGCAAGGACUACACCAAGGUGGACAGAUCUGCUGCAUAUGCUGCUCGCUGGGUUGCCAAAUCUUUGGUGAAGGCAGGUCUCUGCAAGAGAGUUCUAGUGCAGGUUUCCUAUGCCAUUGGAGUCUCCCAUCCUCUUUCUAUCUCCAUUUUUCAUUAUGGGACAUCACAGAAGAGUGAGAAGGAACUAUUGGACAUAGUCAAGAAAAACUUUGACCUCCGGCCAGGGGUCAUUGUCAGGGAGCUGGACCUGAAGAAACCAAUUUACCAGAGGACCGCUGCCUAUGGCCAUUUUGGUAGGGAUUCCUUCCCUUGGGAGGUACCCAAAAAGCUGAAAUACUAAACAUGUCAAGCUUUUUUUCCUCGGGCCUGCUGGUGUAUAUUACAGAGAAGCCUUCCAGGCCCAAGGGGAAAAGGCUCCUUUCUCCCUGCAUUCUAGUUCCUGUCCCAAUUCUCAUCUUCAAAUGAAUGAAUUGAAGUAACCCUUCUUUUCUUCCUUUUCCACACUCCCUACAUUCAGUUCUGAAGCACUCCAUACAAUUUGCUUAACACUUAGCUUGUGUGAAUGGGACCAUCUUUCCCCCACCUCAAGAGGUUAGUCUUUUCUAAAGUUAGCCACACUUAGCAGGGUGGAUGGAUCUGUGUCUGUUUUGAUAAAGAAACUUCAAAAAGAAAUCUCUAGGCAAUGUAAGUAAUUUCACAUGCAGGGUGGAUUUGUUAAAUUUUUCUAUUUCUCUUCUGCCUUUUCUGUGUUGGAAUGAUACUAUAAAUUACCUUUUUACUGGUGCUUUCAAGUUCAUUAAGGCACACUCUACGGCAAUGAACAAAUCUGUAGCCUUGCCUUUCUGGGUGCCAGAAACUUUUCAACCUAAAUUUGUCUGCAGUUUUAGUGGUAUUUUGCUUCAACCUAAUGUGUAUUCUUCAGUUAAGGAACUUAACUGUUGUUGGUGCUAGUUUCUUCAUCUCUGGGUGAUCCAGUCUAGAUCAGACACUUUAAUUUGGAGACAGGUGGAUCAGGUUUUCUGCAAUUUCCAUAACUUGUCAUUAGAGUUGGACAGAGUGUCACUUAAUUCUUGGCAGAAACCAUUUUUGUAUGUGGUGUGCUAUGGCCAUUUCCAAAUUUUGCCCCCUCUUCUCCAAUAGCUUUUGAGUGAGUGCUUAUCAUUUACUUGGCUCAUUCAACAGUCUUAAAAUGUAUGAAUCCGUUUCUACAACCCCUUUCUUUCGUUUGUUGCCAGAGGGUGAAUGUAAUGGCACAGUAUUUGAUUGGGUUUAUUUUUAUCUUUUUAAAGAAAAGCAGCUAUGCAUCAUAGUUGUAGCACUAGCCACACCUCUUUUUUAAUUUUUAUUAGACAAUUUCCAAAGCAGGCUAUUGGCUGCAUUUUUUUGGCUUAAUUUAACCAAGUCAGAAGGUUGCCACCUAAGGGUCUGUAGGUUGCACACUGGUACUUUUAAGUUUUACUUUCUUGGCUUUCACAAACUGCACAAGUCAACCCCCAUAUGGUGUUGU